AUGCCCAAAUACCCUGACCCCGAUGAUGACACUGACUCUAUGGACUCCGACCUCACAUCCUCGGCUGACGCCCCGCUGGAACAGAUCAUGUACCUCCUCUCAGACCAACCGUCUAUCGAUCAAGCCAACAAGCUCCACCUCAUUGGACAGUACCUCAAGAUCUCUGGAUACUUCAAGGGCAUGUCGUUCCCCCCCAAGCUCAUUGAGGAUUACUAUAGGUCGCUUGCACCUCAGGCGCGUGAUCCCAAGCAACUUCGUGCGUCAGCAGACGGCGCACAAGAAGCUGUGGUCCCAGGCGGAGGCGUGGUAUGGAGUCAUGGGGUCUUGGGCCCUUAG